AUGUUGGGCACCAAUCUGUUUAGAAAUAUCAGAUAUUUUUCAACUAGUUAUUGUUUAAGAUUAGAUAUGUCUUGGAGAACUUUAAAAAAACUGCCUCUGAACCCAAUGGAUAGAGGAGUUCUUACGGAUGGUGCUGAUUACAUUUUUUUGGAUGGGCGUCCUACCCCAUUUGGAAUGAAACAAAAACGAAAACUUUUGCUUCAAAGAGAAUAUGCUAAAAAAAUUGUUCAACUCAGUGAAAGUUUAGACAUUGCAAAAGAACGGUAUGCGAUGAAAGUCGGAGAAGAAGAAGUAAAGAUAAAACAUGUAUUGGAUAGAAAACUUAGGCCCAAAGGAAAUAAAAUUACUCAGGACAAAUAG